UUGUCUGGUGGCGGGCUUCCUUCACGUCGUUGAUCAGCUGAUGCGCGUGAACAGCGGACGCGGGUUGUUUUAGCGGCCACGCGGUCAUUUGUCAGCUACGUUUUUCCAAAAACACGUGCUAAUAUUUACAGUAUUUGUCUUUAUAAAAACGGCAUUUUCGACAUAUUACGAUCUUAAAAAUGUCAUUCUCACGAGACUGAAUCAUGGCAGCCAUCAGAGCGCUCGUGGACACCUGGACACACGAGGACAUGCCCGGGCGUGUCUGAUUUCCAGGGCCGAGGGAACACAUCACCAUGGACAACAAAUUUCCCAAACAGCUUUUCCCACACUUUUAUCUGGACGGACCGCCUGAAGUAAAGUCGAAGCAUAGUUAUGGAGGCUGGGGUUCAUACGAGCGCGUGUUUGCUGUCAAUGCGGAUCCGUGUGAUGGUGAUCAGUCAUCGAUCCAGCAUGUGUUUGAGUCCCAGCACACUCUGAGUGGUGAGGAAUGGGUGCCGCUCAAACCAGCGGUUACCCCUUUAUUUCAACCAUCUGAAGAUCCCAGACUCUUAUCUGAUGUUCUUCCAGAUCCAAUGGAUUUUCCAGAGCAUAUGCAGUAUUUUUACAAGCAUCACUGUAUGGAUGCAUUCUCCACAAUGGGACAUUUGCUUCAGGACAACUUAUCUUUCAGAGAGAAACAGUCAAAGGAUGUUAUGUCAAUGCGCUGGGCCAACAGCUUCAUAAAGGGCUUAAAUUAUAAAAGAUGUGAGGUCGCGUGUUACUCAAGGAAGAUCCGUCAUCUGCACAAUCUUGUUGGUGAUGUUGUGAGUGAUGUUCCUCCUUCUCUCCUGGCCUCGCUCCUCCACGAGGAGCUGACGUCUCAGCGGGAACAGCAGCGGUUCUGUGCGGACGCCACAGGGGGCGCUCUGGGAUACGUGCCCUUACACGAGUCCCAGGGGUACAGCGAUGGCUGUCUGAUCUAUCCCAGCGGAGACGCAAUGGACAAACUCAAUUUCCACAGGGUGGUGCAACAGUUCAGUGAGGACAAGCCUCCUAGUUUCGUCAUGGACUCCCAACCUCUUGUCUUUUAUCUGAAUGGAGCUGUCAGACAGAUCAGUUUGGCCAAUAUGGAGGAUGUAGGUAACGUGGCUGUGCGCUCGGAUUAUUUCUGUGGUGUUUGGUUGGUCGGAGACAAAACAAAGCCAGUGUUAAUGGACGUCAUCCAGACAAAAGAUCGCUUCUCCUGCAUCACCGUCAGUCCACACUUCCCCAAUGAGCUGGCGGUGGUCAAUGAGCAAGGAGCAGCUUAUCUUUGGACUGCCAAAAAAGGAUUGCAGAAGUUCCGUGAAGAAGAUUCCAACCUGUACUUCAAUGCUAAGUCACCAUGGCGAUGGUGUGAGUUCUCCUGUCACCCGAGAGUCAUGGUGUACGCUGACAGAACGGGGGCGGAGCUUACAGACAUUCGGAGUGCUGAUUGUAAUCACACGUUGUUCCGGAUCGGAAGGACAGCAGCUUGUAUGUCGGAGAGCGAGUGA